CAAAACCCGACCGCGAUGACGUCCCUAGAGCGCUAUCCCUUUAAAUCUCUACCGCGCCUCCAAGGCCGCCGUUUUUUCAGCCCUAAGCCCCGCCUACGGCUGCGGGCUCCGCCGUUCCGGAAGUGCCACGUGUACCGAGUGCGCCUGUGCGGCCUUCGUUUACUUUCUUCCGGUGUGAAGAGCAGGGCCUCCCCUCCUGGGCUUGGCGCCGGAGCAAGACUCAAAGACGCCCGCCAAGCGAUCCUCUUGCUUGCCGCUAUGGCCCAGCCGGGAAGGCCCGCGUUUAAUAGCCUUACUAGAGCCGGCCAGCCGCCGCCACCCCAGCAGCCGUACAGCAAUGGUCCUGUGCCAGGCUCAUUGAUGAAUUCAUCACACUUAUCAGAUGGACAGGGACAUAACUCUUUGAUCCCAAAUAUGUAUACUCCGCAAAUUGCAACAAAGAAUCCUCUGCAUGCCACCUCCGGACAAUAUAGCCAUGGUACAUCUUGGAAUACACCUUCUGGUCAGACUCUUAAUAGAACCCCAGUGGGAUCUUCUCUGACAGCAUCACAGCCAAGUCCUGUUGCCCAAAUGCCUUCUUUGUUGCAGAACUCAACUGCUAUGUCAACUUCUGAUGGUAGUUUUUAUUCUGGAACUAAUCUCUCAGCUAAUUCAAACUGGCAAUAUGUGCAGAAUCCUUUGACUCAACCUAAUCUAGUAUCUCAACCAAAUCAUUUUGCUCACACAGUAACUUCACCAUUACCGUCAGGGAAUACAAAUUUGCCCACAAACUAUCAUUAUGUUUCUUCUGCUGGAGGUCCUCCAGUUCAAAACACCUAUACAAGGCAAGUUCAACCUCCUUUAGGACCUUCUGCUGUUGGAAGUCCAGCUUAUAUACAUCCCUCUGCUCCCCCAUUAGCUCCUCCUCCAGCAAGCACUGCAUCCCAGGCUGUACAGAACUCAGCAGGUAUGCAAGAUGGUGAUAUUACAUGUCCUGCUAAUGAUGGACUAUCAGUUCCAAACAAUUAUGAUGCAAUAGAAGGAGGUGGUUUCCUGGCAACCCCACAUAAUUAUGCUCCUCAAAAUACUAAAGUGAACAAACAUGUUGGGACUGCUUAUCCCAGCUUGCCCCCAGGCUAUCAAAAUGCUUCUCCACCUGGAGGACCAAGAAUGCAGUAUCCAGGAGGACCUCAGCAAUUCUCUCAGGUGCAGCCUGGCCUGGGAGCAAAUACCUUAGCUGCAUCUAUGGGUGGACUGAGUCUUCAGCCUGAAGGUUUAAGACCUAUCAACCUUCUUCAAGAUAGAAAUAUUCUUCCUGCAACCCCCUUGCAAGCACCCACUCCUAAUUUGCAUCAAGAUAUUCAGAAGCUCAACUGCAAUCCCGAGUUGUUCCGGUGUACCUUGACUAACAUUCCUCAAACUCAGGCCUUACUGAAUAAAGCCAAACUACCCUUGGGGCUUCUACUUCAUCCUUUCAAAGAUUUAUCGCAAUUGCCUGUAGUAACCUCUAGUACAAUUGUGAGAUGUCGUAGCUGUAGAACAUAUAUUAAUCCUUUUGUCAGCUUCCUUGAUCAAAGGAGAUGGAAAUGCAACUUGUGCUACAGAGUGAAUGAUGUUCCUGAAGAAUUUAUGUAUAAUCCUGUGACAAGAGUUUAUGGAGAACCUCAUAAAAGACCUGAAGUUCAAAAUGCCACUAUUGAGUUUAUGGCUCCUUCUGAAUAUAUGCUACGUCCACCUCAGCCUCCUGUGUACCUCUUUGUAUUUGAUGUGUCACAUAAUGCAAUAGAAACAGGAUACUUAGACACUGUCUGCAAGAUUUUGUUGGACAAUUUAGAUCUACUCCCAGGGAACACUAGAACAAAAAUAGGCUUCAUAACAUUUGACAGCACAAUCCAUUUCUAUAGCCUCCAGGAAGGUCUCUCACAGCCCCAAAUGUUAAUCAUUUCAGAUAUUGAAGAUGUGUUUAUACCUAUGCCGGAAAACUUAUUAGUAAAUUUAAACGAAAGCAAAGAGCUGAUUCAAGAUUUAUUGAGAACUUUGCCUCAGAUGUUUAUUAAAUCUUUGGAAACCCAAAGUGCUUUGGGACCUGCACUACAGGCUGCCUUUAAACUUAUGUCACCUACUGGGGGUCGGAUUACUGUCUUCCAAACUCAGCUUCCAUCUUUAGGAGCAGGUGCACUCAAACCACGAGAAGAGCCUAACCAAAAAGCAUCCACAAAGGAUGUUCCUCUGACACCAUCGACUGACUUCUAUAAAAAAUUGGCCUUGGAUUGCUCAGGACAGCAGGUUGCAGUUGACUUGUUUCUUCUUAGUGGGCAGUACUCUGACUUGGCUUCAUUAGGAUGUAUAUCAAGGUAUUCUGCUGGUAGUGUCUAUUACUAUCAAGCUUACCAUCAUCAACACAAUCCUUUUCUGGUGGAGAAAUUACAAAAAGAACUAAAGCGAUAUUUAACUAGGAAGAUUGGCUUUGAAGCUGUCAUGAGGAUAAGAUGUACCAAAGGCCUUUCAAUUCACACCUUCCAUGGCAACUUCUUUGUACGGUCAACUGAUCUAUUGUCUCUGCCAAACGUGAAUCCUGAUGCAGGAUAUGCUGUCCAAAUGUCAGUAGAGGAGAGCUUGACAGAUAUGCAGGUGGUCUGUUUUCAAUCAGCCCUCUUGUAUACAUCUAGUAAAGGUGAAAGAAGAAUACGUGUCCACACAUUGUGUUUACCGGUUGUAAGCCAACUGAGUGAUGUUUAUUUAGGAGCUGAUGUACAAGCUAUUACAGGCCUUUUAGCCAAUAUGGCUGUUGAUCGGUCAAUUUCUGCUAGUUUGAGUGAUGCUCGAGAUGCAUUGGUGAAUGCUGUAAUAGAUUCUCUUUCUGCAUACCGCUCAUCUGUCCUAACCAUUCAGCAACCAGGUCUUAUGGCUCCUGCAUCAUUACGUCUGUUUCCAUUGUUUAUCCUGGCUCUCUUAAAACAGAAAGCAUUCCAAAGUAAAACAAAUACCCGUUUAGAUGAACGCAUCUUUACAAUGUGUCAAGUGAAAAGCCAACCAUUAGUGUACCUCAUGCUUAUAAUGCAUCCCAAUCUAUAUAGAAUUGAUAAUCUCACAGAUGAGGGAGCCCUCAAUAUUGGUGACAGAACAGUACCUCAGCCACCCAUUCUUCAGCUCUCUGUAGAAAAGCUAAACCGGGAUGGUGCUUUUCUUAUGGAUGCUGGCUCUGUCAUGUUUUUAUGGGUUGGGAAGAAUUGUGGACAGAACUUUAUAAGCCAAGUACUUGGAGCCCCAAACUAUGCAUCAAUACCACACAAUAUGACACAACUUCCAGAAUUGAACACAGCUGAAUCGUCUAGAGUGCUUGCUUUUAUUUUCUGGCUAAGGGAGCAAAGGCCUUUCUUUCCUAUAUUAUAUAUUCUAAGGGAUGAGAGUCCGUGGAAACCAAGUUUCUUACAAAAUAUGAUAGAAGACAGAACAGAAUCUGCAUUAUCUUAUUAUGAAUUUCUUUUGCAUAUUCAGCAAAAAAUGAAUAAAUGAGCUCUUUUCUUAAAUGGUUCAUCUGCUCAAAGGAAUGUACCCUCCAUGCAGAACUCUUAUUCCUGUAAUGCUCCUAUAAGUUGUUGGCCUGGUGCAGUUGAUGAAAAUCUCACUGUGAUUCCCCCUCUUCUUCCCCCCCCCCCAAAAAAAAGGAAAAAGAAAAGCAAAUAAAGGACUGUGGAAUCUUUAAGUACACUAUUGUGUAGUUGUACGUUAAAACUUUAAAAUAAAUUUGAAUAUGUUGGACGCCUUUAAUUUACUGCAAAAAAUGUUUCACAGUAAGUAAUUGUGGCAUAAGUUAAAAGGCAAUAUUAGAGAAAUGUUUAUAAACUAACUUUUUUACCUUUCAUUUUUAUUUUUCUGCUUUGUGUUUUGCUGCUAGAAUUAAAAACGCCAAGACUUGAGUUUCCAGGAAACUAUAUUGUCUUGAUUAUACAAUUCAUUAUUUGUUAAAAGUUGCCUUUUUAAAGGAACAAUGAAAAGUACAUUAUGAACAAAAUACUUGCAGUUUUAAUGAGCUUAGUUUCCAUUUCUUUUAAACAUUGAUUAUGAUAAGAACAAAAGUAAACUUGAAGUAGUCUAUUUGGUUUAAAAUGAAUAUCAAAUAAUUCAUUUGAAUACCUUUAGGAUGUGUCAGUAUUCUAGGUCUUGAAAGAUUAAUGAGAUUACAUUAUAUUCAGUAAGAAUUAAAAUUUUAAAAGAUCUGAUGCAGCUGAAAAAAAUAGUGAACAAUAAUUGAUCCUAGUCUUGGCUGUUAGCAUGAUGUGUUUGGUCUUAAUUCAUUGAAAGUAAAUAGGGGAACAGACAGUAAACCAAAAACCAUUAUUUUUGUAUUGUUUUAUUAAUUUUUCAGUCACCUUUUUGUAAUGGGCUGAAGUUUUGAUAAAAUGCUUACUGGUUAAAUAAUACAUUGGAGGUGUAUUUAAUAGCUUAUGGAGAUCCAGAGGAGCAUCCAAUUUAGUAAUAAUAAUUUUGCUAUUCAAACAUUUUGAGGCGUUAAUGGAAAAACUAUAGACAGGAACCCUGCUCAAUUGAGAAUGUUCAAAUACUGAAUAGUUAUAAAAGAGAAAUCUUAGUUUUAUGGUUCCUUGGAAAUUGCUAUAAUUUAAGUAAUAAUAUAAGUGUACUGACAUUUGUAAAACAGAAGGAACUGUGAUGGUAUAUUAUGGCAAUCAUUGGUUUCUACAUACAAUAUUUUUCUGCUGCAAAUCCUUCUUGGUAGUCUUGAUAGAAUCAUUUGCAUUGAUUUGUUGCUCAUUGCUUUAAUUUAUACAAUUUCACCCAUCUGAGGAAUGGGUAAGAGAUCAUAUGUGCAAAAAAACAGUGAAGUUUUUUCAUGAACUAUGGUAUUUAUCAACUGCCAACUGGAAGAGCAAUUGUAACAAAUGUUAUAGCAAUACUGUCUGCAUCAUGAUCUAUUUAGUUUGAGUGAUUUAUGAAGAUCUUUAGAAAAUGGUUGCUCAACAUCUGAAAGAAAGGGGGACAUUUCUUUAAAAUGAUUCAGAUAUCUAAAAAAACUAUCUGCUGACUUCAGGAACGUUAUAACUGAUUUCACAGUUUUAAUUAUUUUUCAUUGUUAUUUUGAAAUAUUUUUUAAAAUAUUGGUAAUCUAAUUCAGAACCAUAUAAUCAUGAUGAGAUAUGCACUUGUAAGUAUGGAAAUCAGUGAGAUACUUUAAAAUUCAAUAUAUAGCGGAGGAUUAAUUAGCUCUUCUCCAAAAAAUAUACACAAAUCUUUGUGUAUAAGCCAGCUUUCUGAAAAGAAGGUAUAGGCAAAGAUUAGAUAUAGGGAAGUAUGAAUCUAGCAUCUCAUGCUGGCUGUGGGUUCCUCCUUGCUUCAUUCAAGUUGGAGCAGAGAAUUGGUGUGAUCAGAUUCUGUAGAACCUGAAUGGUAAAAUCCUGACAAGCAGCACCAUGCCUAACUUUUCUGUAUGUAAAAAUAUUCUGCAUGGAGAAGAGGGAAAGGCAUAAUGUAGACAUAGCUCUACUUCAUGUAAGAUAAAAAUAAUGGGCUUUGAACAAAUUAUGGAACCUGAUAAACAUAUUUCAAGAAUGCAUCCCUGACUAACUCUUAAAAUUUUUUAACUGUGAGCAUAUUAUGCUCUUUGGAUAGAAUAUUGUUUAGAAAGUUCAUGCACUGUGAAAUAGAAGUGAAUUUUCUAAUUUUUUCUGAGGAGUAAAUUGAUACUCUCCUCAACUUCUUAAGAAAUCCAGGGCAAAUCCAUGUAUAAAUGUUAAAUCACAAUUUAUAUAUGUUUUAGGUUCUUUAAUAACAUAAGUAAUCAAGAGUAGCCUUGAUGCUCCCAUCUCAGCAUGGCAGUCACCAGCAAAUGUUCUCUAUUUUUCUAGUUCAAGAUUUUAAAGAAUAAUUAAUAUGAUUUACCAAUAUUCUAGAUUUGAUCAUGCAACAACAUAUUAGCAUUUACUUUUCUGUAACUUAAUUUGCGUUUGAAUAAAUUAUGAUUGUUUUGCAAUAAUGCAGAAAAACUUGUUUAUUCAAGGUUAAUUUAACAGAAUAUAUAUACAUAUAUAUGUAUGUAUGUAUGUAUGUAUGUAUAUAUAUAUAAUUCAGAAUAUUAAGGGACCAUCAAAUGUGACAAGCCUUCUCUUCACUAACUACAUAUUAAAUUCUUACAGUCAAUUUGAUUUUGUAAAGUAGUGUAAAAUAUUGUAAUAUUAAUCCUUGUUUUCUGAACUCAGACAUUGAUCUUUAGUGUGCAAUUGUAAACCUUGCUCUUCUGACUUGAAGGCAAGGUUUUACUUGUUCCCCUUUUUACAGUUUGUAAUUUUCACUGUUUUAUUCCUGUAAAAAGUCAUUUGUAACACAUGCAAAUGCUUAUUUUAGCUGUGCUAAUUUAUCAAAUUUGGCUACUCAAUAAAAUUAAUUGAAAGAG